CACAUAUCACCAUCUUCCAACAUGAAUGUCGACGACCAAAAGAAGACAUUACAAGACGUCUCUGUUGCUGAUGGAAGCAUCGACGAGACUCUUGGCGAGUCGGCCUACAUCGACCUGAAAGCGCAGAAGAAGCUGUUACUCAAGCUCGACCUCUAUCUCGCACCCAUCAUCACGCUAAUCUUCCUCUGUGCAUACCUUGAUCGUUCAAACAUUGGAAAUGCGCAAGCUGCUGGUAUGGGUGACGACUUGGGCUUGGUCGGCAAUCAAUACGGCAAUGCUGUCACGUUGUUCUACGUAUUUUACGUUGCUGGCGAGAUUCCAUCAACAAUUCUCAUGAAGAAAUUGCGCCCUAAUCGAAUGAUACCCGCUUUGGUCUUUUGCUGGUCGGUAGUACUUAUUGGCACCGGAUUCAUGCACAAUGCUCAGCAACUCUACGCUUCACGACUUCUACUCGGCCUCUUCGAGUCAGCCAUGUUCCCUUGUCUCGCCCUCUAUCUCAGUACUUUCUAUAUGCCUCAGGAGCAAGCAUUGAGAAUAUCGUAUCUCUUCGUCAGUGCAGCACUGUCUGGAGCAUUUGGUGGUCUCUUCGCUUUCGCAUUGCUCAAGAUGGACGGUGUCCAAGGCCUUGAAGGAUGGCGAUGGCUGUUCAUUGUUGAAGGCUGUCUCAGUAUCCUGAUCGCCUUCAUCGUGUACUUCCUCCUCCCCAACGACUUUGAGACAGCCAGAUUCUUGACCCAAGAAGACAAAGAACUGAUGCGAACACGCAUGGCUAUGAACGCCAGAUACAACGGUGCUCCCGAAUUCGACUGGAAAGAAGUCAGAAAGGCGUUCCGCGAUCCGAAGCUCUACAUUUCUUGCUGGUGCCAAUUUAUGGCCGAUAUUUGUUCAUUUGGCUUGAGUACUUUCAUGCCUACCAUCAUCCGCGGAUUCGGCUACGGCACGGUGGAAACGCAACUUUUGACCGUACCGGUAUACAUCUGGGCAUCGAUUGCAUAUAUGAUUGUGUCCUGGAUGUCCGACAGGUUUUCCAAACGCGCCUACUUCAUGGUUCCAGGGGCUUUCUUGACAGCAGUUGGAUAUGCAGUUCAACUUGGUGUUCCACAAGCUCAACGAGGAGCUCUAUACUUCUCCAUCUUCCUCAUCGCACCUGGCAUUUACAUCAUCGUCGGACUGAACGCAGCAUGGUUGUUGAACAGUCAUGCCGGCUACCACAAACGCGCGACCGCUGUUGGAACGAAUCAAGCCUUUGGAAACAGUGCUGGUGUUGUUGUUGGCCAAAUCUUUGCUAAGAAGGUGAAUGGUAAGUAUGUCACUGGCUUGAGUGUAUCACUAGGCGCGGUCUUGCUCGCGCUUCUUGGUCACAUCGCUUUGUGGGCCUACAUGAGGUCGCAGGACAAGAAGAGAGAAGCCAUGAGUGAGGAAGAGCGUGAACGCGAGAUCAAUGCUGGGAAGGACGGAGACUACCAUCCUGAUUACAGGUACGCGCUGUAGAUUCCUUGGUGCUCGCAAAGACAAAGGUUUCCAAUCCAUCCCUGCGCCUCUGUCCGGAGGCUACUGUAGUUCCAUCUCCUUGAAUCAUGUCGCUACGUUGUGCGGGGGUACGAGAUGAACAUCUGGUUGAAGUCAUUCCUGACAGCCCACGACUGGUUCUGCGUAUUGUAGGUCAGGUUGGUCAUCUGCACCUGCCCAGUCUUGAUGAAUCCACUCUCCACCUUUCCCCCAGCAACAGGACGUUGAAGCUUGUUGCCGCCAUUGACAACAGUGAAAUUGGCC